UUUAUUCAAAAUUGGAAAUUAUUAAAAAAAAAAGAAAUAUUAUCAAAAAGGAAGAAAAUCUUCUUCCCUAUUUCAUAGUGUUCAACGCGUUUUUUGCAGAAUUUUUGCUAGCAAAUUUAGGGCAGAACAUAAAAUUUGCCGAAGAAAGAGGAAGAAAAUAAAUUUCAAAUUUCAAGCUUCAAUCAAAAAAUCUUAAAAAUCAAAAUUUCAAUAGAUUUUCUUGUUCUAAGCCCUAAUUUUUUCAACAAUUUCGAUCUACAUUUCUGCAUUUUGUACUGUAAUAUUUGAAGUUUGAUUUGAUUACAUUUUUUUUGAGAUUUUUUUUGGUGUUGAAUUUGAGCUGGGAGCUAGAUCGAUUAGCAUCGUUGGAUUAAUUGGAUCUAACGGCGAGGAAUGAUCCGAGUCGUCGGAUGAGAAACGGCGUCGUCGGAUGUUCCAGAAGAAAACGAUGAAAUGGACAACAUUGCUUAAGGACUUGAGAGAGAAGGUUGGAUUAACUCAGCAGCAGCAGCAGCAGCAAUCUUUUCCGUCUCCUUCGCCGUCGUCUUCGUCGUCGUCGUUUCCGUCUUCUUCUCUCACAUCUUCAGCUGAUAAUCACAAUGCUGCAUCUCUUUCUUCAUCAGAUUAUCAUCACGCCUACUUGUCCAAUUCAAGGGACAGACAUGAGCUCGAGAGUGACUUCAAGAGAUUAUGGGAAGAGUUUCGCUCUUCAAGUUCGGAGAAGGAAAAGGAAACGGCCUUGAACAUGGCUGUCGAUGCAUUCUGUAAAUUAGCAAAGCAGCUUGCCGAUGUAGCACAGUUAGUUACUAUGUUAGUUGAAACACAUAUCUUCUCUUUCGUGGUAGGAAGGGCUUUUGUUACAGAUAUUGAGAAACUAAAAAUUAGCAACAAAGCGAGAUCAUUAGUUGUAGAGGAAGUAUUACGUUUUUUUGCAGAGGUUACAAAGGAUGGCAUAUGCCCUGGCGCAAAUCUUCUAAGUGCAAUUGAACUUCUUAUAUCUGGGCCGAUUGAUAAGCAGUCUCUCCUUGAUUCUGGAAUUCUUUGCUGUCUUAUUCAUAUUUUAAAUGCUCUCCUGGGAUCCAGUGGAGGAAAUAUUGGUCAAAGGAAUUCUGAUCAUGAUAAACAAUUAGUUAGCGACCAUGUAGAUGCUGGUGGUCUUCGUACUCGUCAGCUGGAGGUUGAAGGAAGUGUUGUGCACAUCAUGAAGGCAUUAGCGAGCCACCCUUGUGCGGCUCAAAGUUUGAUUGAGGAUGAUUCACUGCAGUUACUUUUUCAAAUGGUUGUCAAUGGUUCAUUGGCUGUUUUUAUGCAAUAUAGAGAUGGUCUUGUUCCCUUGCAUUCCAUUCAGCUACACAGGCAUGCAAUGCAGAUUCUAAAUCUGCUUUUAGUGAAUGACAACGGAAGUACGGCCAAAUAUAUUCGAAAACAUCACCUGAUAAGAGCUCUUCUAAUGGCCAUUAAGGAUUUCAAUCCUCGUUUUGGAGAUCCUUCUUACACAAUAGGCAUCGUGGAUUUGUUGCUGGAAUGCAUUGAGCUUUCCCAUAGGCCUGAGGCUGGAGGUGUAAAACUUAGGGAGGAUAUACAUAAUGCUCAUGGGUAUCACUUCCUAGUUCAGUUUGCUUUAACACUGGCUUCCAUGCCUCCAAACCAGUCUUCUUCUGAUAGUUCAGCUGUGGAUGCCUCUCUUGCAACUGUCAAUUCAAGAAAACAGGAAGUUAAUGACAGCGGAGAUGGAAGAAUCUCAAAUCUUUCGCCUGCACUUUCUAGGUUGCUGGAUGUUCUUGUUAAUUUAGCUCAGACAGGUCCAUCAGAACCACCUGCAGCUAGAAGUUCUAAAGCAUCCCAUGCCAAAGGUGGUGGUCAUGGCCGGAGUCGUACACCGUCAUUGGACUUAAUUACUGAUGAAAUUUGGGAGAAAGGAAAUGCUAAAGUAAAAGACCUCGAAGCAGUGCAGAUGCUGCAGGAUAUAUUUCUUAAGGCUGGCUGCACAGAGUUGCAGGCAGAAGUGUUAAAUCGGAUGUUUAAGAUAUUUUCUAGUCAUAUUGAGAACUAUCAAAUGUGUCAGCAGUUGCGGACUGUGCCACUUUUCAUCCUGAAUAUGUCUGGCUUCCCACCUGCUUUGCAAGACAUUAUAUUAAAGAUACUUGAAUAUGCUGUCACUGUUGUGAAUUGUAUUCCUGAGCAGGAGUUGUUGUCACUUUGCUGUCUACUACAGCAACCAAUUACAUCUGAUUUGAAGCAAACAAUUCUUUCUUUCUUUGUCAAGCUGCUGUCUUUUGAUCAGCAGUAUAAGAAAGUGCUGCGAGAAGUUGGUGUACUUGAAGUUUUGUUAGACGAUUUGAAGCACAACAAGCUUCAGUCAGGACCUGACCAGCAAAAUGGUGAAAUAAACCCCGUGGAGAAGAAAUCCAGCCAAAGUGGCUUCCAGAAACAUUUGGACAGUAAAGAUGCUAUUAUCACAUCACCUAAACUCAUGGACUCUGGUUCAGGAAAGUUCCUUCUAUUUGAAGUUGAGGUUACUAUCUCUAUUGCUUGGGAUUGUAUGGUUUCUUUGCUGAAGAAGGCAGAGGCUAAUCAAUCCUCUUUCCGAUCGGCCAAUGGUGUUGCUGUUGUUCUUCCUCUUUUAGUUUCUGAUGUUCAUCGUUCUGGGGUGCUUCGAUCAUUGUCAUGCUUGAUUAUGGAGGAUGUAACUCAGGCUCAUGCUGAAGAAUUGGGAGUGCUGCUUGAGGUUAUGAAAAGUGGAAUGGUUACUAGUGUUUCAGGAUCUCAAUACAAGCUGCAUGAUGAUGCCAAGUGUGACAUUUUUGGAGCCCUUUGGCGCAUCUUAGGUGUUAAUAAUUCAGCUCAAAGAGUGUUUGGUGAAGCAACUGGGUUCUCUUUGCUAUUGACUACUUUACAUAGUUUCCAGAGUGAUGAAGAGCAGACAGACCAGUCUCAAUUAGUUGUUUUUGUUAAGGUUCUGACAUACUUACUGCGUGUUGUGACUGUAGCAGUUUGUGACAAUCCUAUUAAUAGAACAAAGUUGCACUUAAUAGUAUCAUCACAUACAUUCUAUGAUCUCUUAUGUGAGUCAGGAUUGCUGUGUGUGGAUUUUGAGAGGCAAGUUGUACAUUUGUUAAUGGAGCUUGCUCUUGAAAUAGUUAUUUCCCCUUUUUUGCCUUAUGGAGGUGAUACUUCUUCUGGUGAGGUUGAAUCAUCCAUUUUUGUUUUGACUACUCCCUCUGGUGAUGUCAAUCCUGCAAUGGAGAGGGUGUAUAAUGCUGGUGCUGUCCGAGUAAUUUUGCGGUCCUUGCUGCUAUUUACUCCUAAGUUUCAAUUAGAGGUUCUGGAGCUUAUUGAAAAGCUUGCUCGUGCUGGACCUUUUAAUCAGGAAAACCUUACAUCUGUUGGCUGUGUGGAACUUCUUUUGGAGAUGAUUCACCCCUUCCUUCAAGGCUCAUCACCCUUACUUGUACAUGCUUUGAGGAUUGUUGAAGUUCUGGGUGCAUAUAGGCUGUCUACAUCAGAACUUCGAUUACUUGUCCGAUAUGUUCUUCAGUUGAGGAAUAAGAAUUCAGGUGAUGGUCUUGUUAGCAUGAUGGAAAGAUUAAUAAUCAUGGAGGACAUGGCUUCAGAAAGUGUUUCUUUGGCUCCCUUUGUUGAGAUGGACAUGAGCAAAGUGGGUCAUGCUUGUAUACAAGUCUCUCUCGGGGAAAGAUCAUGGCCUCCGGUGGCCGGUUAUUCCUUUGUUUGCUGGUUUCAGUUUAAGAAUUUCUUAAAGUCAUCGGCUAAGGAUACUGAAUCCAAAAUUGGACCUAGGAAGCUAAAUUCUUCUGGACAGCAGCAACAGGUUUUGAGAUUGUUUUCUGUUGGAACUGUAGAUAGCGGAAAUACAUUUUACGCAGAACUAUAUCUCCAAGAGGAUGGAGUUCUUACUCUUGCAACAAGCAAUUCAUCCUCACUAUCAUUUUCUGGUUCAGACUUGGAGGAAGGUCGGUGGCAUCAUCUUGCUGUGGUUCAUAGCAAACCAAAUGCUUUGGCUGGUUUGUUCCAAGCAAGUAUUGCCUAUGUAUAUCUAAAUGGGAAACUGAGAUACACGGGAAAACUUGGAUAUUCUCCAUCUCCGGUUGGAAAAACUUUGCAGAUAACAAUAGGUACACCAGCCACUCAUGCAAGAGUUAGUGAACUUCAGUGGAAGCUACGAAGUUGCUAUCUUUUUGAAGAAGUGCUUACCUCUGGUUGUAUAUGUUUCAUGUAUAUUCUUGGUAGAGGUUAUAGAGGCCUUUUUCAAGAUACAGACCUUUUGCAGUUUGUUCCCAAUCAAGCUUGUGGCGGGGAUAGCAUGGCCAUACUAGAUUCAUUGGAGGCUGAUGUGAAUACUGUGGCUGCAACACAAAAGCCUGACAAUUCUGUUAAGCCUGGCAUCUCAAGGGCAGAUGGAAGCGGGAUUGUUUGGGACUUGGAACGUCUUGGAAACCUAUCCUUUCAGCUAUCUGGGAAGAAAUUAAUUUUUGCAUUCGACGGGACAUCUACAGAACCUCUUCGAGCAUCUGGGACUCUAUCACUGCUUAAUCUUGUUGAUCCUACAUCAGCUGCUGCUUCUCCAAUAGGGGGUAUUCCACGUUUUGGACGUCUUCAAGGUGACAUCUAUGUCUGUAAGCCUUGUGUCAUUGGUGAUAUCAUCCACCCAAUUGGGGGAAUGGUUUCAGUCCUUGCUCUGGUUGAGGCUGCUGAAAGCAGGGAUAUGUUACACAUGGCAUUGACUCUUCUUUCGUGUGCUCUGCAUCAAAAUCCACAAAACGUGAGAGAAAUGCAAGUGCCGGGGUAUCAUUUACUGUCCCUGUUUCUGUACCGGAGAAUGUCACUGUUUGACAUGCACUGUCUUGAGAUUUUUUUCAAAAUUGCUGCUUGUGAGGCUUCAUUCUCUGAACCAAAGAAGGUGGGGGGUUCUCAUUUUAGCUUAUCUCCUGUAACAAGUGCUCCUGAGGCCAGCUUUGAGGAGCUCAAUUUGUCCAAGUUCCGGGAUGAGUUUUCUUCACUAGGAUCUCAUGGGGACAUGGAUGAUUUCUCUGCGCAGAAAGAUGCAUUUAAUCAUAUAUCAGAGCUCGAGACAGCUGACAUGCCUGCUGAGAAUUCAAAUUGUAUUGUCCUUUCUAAUGCUGAUAUGGUUGAGCAUGUGUUGUUGGACUGGACACUUUGGGUGACUGCACAAGUUUCUAUCCAGAUUGCACUGCUGAACUUUCUUGAGCAUCUGGUAUCCAUCCAUUGGUACAGAUAUCAUAAUCUUACUGUUCUUCGACGACUCAAUCUUGUGCAGCAUUUGCUGGUUACUCUACAGAGAGGUGAUGUUGAGGUGCCUGUUUUAGAAAAAUUAGUUGUGUUGCUUGGAGUCAUUCUGGAAGAUGGGUUUCUUGCUUCUGAACUAGAAAAUGUGGUAAGGUUUGUGAUUAUGACGUUUGAUCCUCCUCAGCUGACUAGUCGCCCAGUGGUUGUACGGGAGCCAAUGGGGAAGCAUGUCAUUGUGCGUAAUAUGUUGUUGGAAAUGCUCAUAGAUCUACAAGUGACCAUAAAAUCUGAAGAGUUGCUUGAGCAGUGGCAUAGAGUGGUAUCGUCUAGGAUAAUUACAUAUUUCCUUGACGAGGCUGUUCAUCCAUCGAGUAUGCGUUGGAUUAUGACACUUCUUGGUGUUUGUCUGACAUCUUCCCCGACAUUUGCUCUUAAAUUCAAGACAAGUGGAGGCUAUCCAGGACUAACACGUGUGCUUCCGAGUUUCUAUGAUUCACCAGACAUAUAUUAUAUUCUCUUCUGCUUGAUGUUUGGCAAGCCGGUUUACCCCAGAUUACCAGAAGUUCGUAUGCUGGACUUUCACGCUUUGGUGCCUAGUGAUGGGGAUCAUAGCGAGUUAAAAUUUGUUGAAUUACUGGAAUCUGUUAUUGCUAUGGAAAAAUCUACAUUCGAUCGGUUAAGUAAGCAAUCAAUGCUUGCUCACCAAACCGGUAGUUUUUCACAGAUUGGUCCUAGUCUUGUUGCUGAAUUAGCGGAGGAAAAUUCUGAUAUGAUUGGGGAACUUCAGGGUGAAGCUUUAAUGCAUAAGACAUAUGCCGCACGCUUGAUGGGUGGGGAAGCUUCAGCCCCUGCUGCUGCAACUUCAAUCUUAAGGUUUAUGGUUGAUUUGGCAAAAAUGUGUCCUUCGUUUGCUAGUGUUUGCAGGCGAACAGAAUUUCUUGAAAACUGUGUUGAGCUAUAUUUUUCCUGUGUGAGGGCUUCUUAUGCAGUUAAGCUUGCAAGAGAACUUUCUGUUAAAACAGAGGAGAAGAAUGCCAAUGAUUUUGAAGAUUCCAAUAGCUCUCAGAAUACAUUCUCUAGUUUGCCCCAGGAUCAAGAUCUGUCUGGAAAGACAUCGAUAAGUGGUGGAAGCUUCCCUCAAGGACAGGUCAGCACAAGCUCGGAAGAUAUACCUCUUCCAAUGAAUGGCAAAACUGUCGUACAUGAUGAUUUUAGUGUAUUAUUAAAUGAGCCCAAAGUAAAAUUAGUGACUCAAGAUCAACCCCCAGCUGUUCAGAACCUAGAUGACGAAGCCAUUGACAAGUCAUCCAUGACCCCCUCCAGUAUCAUUGAUGUCAAUGUCCAGAACAUAAGAACCACGCUGAAUACGAAUAUCCAUACAGAUUCUCAGAGCUCCACAUCUUUUGCAAUGCCUAAUUCUCCUAUACUAUCUGAGAAAUCUGGCUCCAAGUUGGGACCAACAUCUGGUGGGUUCCCUGGUGUUGCACUCGCUUCUGAACCUCAUGUUACUGUGAAUGCAUCCCUGGUUUCUUCAAACUCGAUGGGUGAAAGUGAUUCAAUUAAAUUCAGUCCUCGUGGACCAUCUGCUGAAAGCUCAUUUUUUUUAAUAAGUUCAAAGCUCCUGCUUGAAAUUGAUGAUUCUGGAUAUGGUGGGGGACCGUGCGCUGCAGGUGCUACUGCUAUAUUGGAUUGUUUGGCUGAGGUUCUUUCUGAAGUUCUGACCGACCAGCUAAAAGCCGUGCCCAUGGUGGAACGGAUUCUGGAGAAUGUUCCGUUAUAUGCUGACUCUGAAGCUGUGUUAGUUUUUCAGGGUCUUUGCCUUAGUAGAGUUAUGAACUUUCUGGAAAGACGUCUUCUGCGUGAUGAUGAAGAGAAUUCUAAAAAAUUGGAUAAGAAUCGCUGGUCAUCAAAUUUAGAUGUAUUAUGUGGCAUGAUAGUUGAUCGUGUCUACAUGGGUGCUUUUCCGAGACCUACUGGGGUUUUGAGAACGUUGGAAUUCUUGCUUUCGAUGCUGCAACUGGCUAACAAAGACGGCCGAAUUGAAGAAGCAUAUUCUGCUGCAAAAGGCUUAUUGUCUAUUGGUAGAGGAAGUAGGCAACUUGAUCCAUACAUCACUGCAAUCCUUAAAAACACAAAUAGGAUGAUAUUGUAUUGCUUUCUUCCGUCAUUUUUGGUUACCAUCGGGGAAGAUGAACUUCUUUCUUCCUUAGGAAUAUCAAACUUGAAUAAGAUGAAACAAAUAUCAACCUCCAAUCAAGAUGGAACUGGGAUUGAUAUUUGCACUGUCUUGCAACUGUUGGAUGCGCAUAUACGAAUUGUCUUCUGCCCAAGUAAUGUAGAUGCGGAACUGAACUCGUGUCUGUGUGUUAACUUGAUAUCUCUUCUUCAUGACCAAAGACCAAAUGUUAAGAAUUUGGCAAUAGAUAUCCUUAAGUAUCUAUUAGUUCAUCGUAGAGGUUCUUUUGAAGACUUGCUUGUAUCAAAGUCGAAUCGUCUGGAUGUAUUGCGUGGAGGCUUUGAUAAACUCUUGACUGGGAGCUUAUCAAGUUUUUUUGAGUGGCUUCAAAGCUCUCAACACACUGUCAACAAAGUUUUGGAGCAGGGUGCUGGGCUUAUGUGGGUGCAGUCUAUUGCAGGAUCUUCAAAGUUUCCUGGAAUAAGAAUCAAAUCAAUGGAGAGUCAUCGUGGUAAUGAUUUGAUCAAGAAAUCAAAGGAGUUGGCAAGAUCAGACGUAAAGCACUGGGAGCAAAUAACAGAACGUAGAUAUGCACUUGAACUAGUUCGAGAUGCCAUGUCAACAGAAUUGCGUGUUGUGCGUCAAGAUAAGUAUGGAUGGGUCCUCCAUGCUGAGAGUGAGUGGCAAACUCAUCUUCAGCAACUUGUGCAUGAGCGAGGCAUAUUUCCAACACGUAAGACUCCUGAGUCAGGUGAGCCCGAGUGGCAGCUUUGCCCCAUUGAAGGUCCAUACCGAAUGCGGAAAAAGCUUGAGCGUUGCAAACUAAAAGUUGAUACCAUUCAGAAUGUGUUAGAUUGGCAAUUUGACUUUGGAAAGGCAGACUUGUCUAAAGAGAGACCUGAGAAUGCUCUUGAUGCUUCUGACUCUGGUUCAGGCUCUUUCUCUCAACUCUUAGCGGAUGGUUCCCAGCAAUUGAGUUUAGAGGGUGAGCUAUAUGAUGAGUUAUCUGUUAAAGAUUCUGAUGAUGUUAGAGAAGUUUCUUCUGCCAGAGCAGCAUUGGUUGAUGAUCGUGCCAGCAGUGUCAAUGAAGCAAGUCUUCAUUCUGCAGUUGAGUUUGGUACAAGGUCUAGUGCAGUAUCUGGUCCUGUUUCUGACAGCAUACAAGGCCGAUCGGAGUUGGAAUCUGCCGGAGUGUCUUCUUCAAUGAGAACUGAUGAUGUUAGACUUUCAGAGGAAAAAUCAGAUAAAGAGUUAUUGGACAAUGGGGAGUAUCUCAUUAGACCUUACUUGGAACCCCUUGAGAAGAUACGGUUCAGAUAUAAUUGUGAGAGAGUUGUUGGUCUUGACAAACACGAUGGUAUCUUUCUGAUCGGAGAACUCUGCUUGUAUGUCAUUGAGAACUUUUAUAUCGAUGGAUCUGGGUGCAUAUGUGAGAAAGACUCUGAAGAUGAACUGUCUAUUAUAGAUCAGGCGUUAGGAGUGAAGAAGGAUACAACGUUUAUGGAUUUUCAGUCCAAAUCGACAUCUUCAUGGGCUGCUGCUGCCAAAACCUGUACAGGGGGAAGGGCCUGGGCUUACAAUGGAGGUGCUUGGGGAAAGGAGAAAGUCUGUGCUAGUGGUACUUUGCCACAUCCCUGGCGUAUGUGGAAGCUUAAUAGUGUACAUGAAAUAUUGAAGCGUGAUUACCAGCUGCGUCCAGUUGCCAUUGAAAUAUUUAGCAUGGAUGGUUGUAAUGACCUACUGGUUUUCCACAAGAAGGAGAGGGAAGAGGUUUUCAAAAAUUUGGUUGCCAUGAAUCUACCAAGAAAUAGCAUGUUGGACACAACUAUUUCGGGAGCAACCAAACAAGAAAGCAACGAGGGUAGCCGUCUUUUCAAGCUUAUGGCUAAAUCCUUUUCUAAGAGAUGGCAAAAUGGAGAAAUUAGCAAUUUUCAAUAUCUCAUGCACCUGAAUACUUUGGCAGGACGUGGAUAUAGUGAUCUUACUCAGUAUCCCGUCUUUCCAUGGGUCCUUGCUGAUUAUGAGAGUGAAGAUCUAGAUUUAACAAAUCCCAGCACGUUUCGCAAACUUGACAAACCUAUGGGCUGUCAAAGUUCUGAAGGGGAAGAGGAGUUUAGAAAGAGGUAUGAGAGCUGGGAUGAUCCUGAGGUUCCAAAAUUUCAUUAUGGCUCCCAUUAUUCUAGUGCUGGAAUUGUUCUCUUCUAUCUUGUACGCUUGCCUCCGUUUAGUGCUGAAAAUCAAAAGCUCCAAGGUGGGCAGUUUGAUCAUGCUGAUCGUCUAUUUAAUAGUAUCCGGGACACAUGGGGUAGUGCUGCUGGGAAAGGAAAUACAUCUGAUGUGAAGGAGUUGAUACCAGAAUUCUUCUAUAUGCCUGAGUUCAUUGAGAAUAGAUUCAAUCUUGACCUAGGGGAGAAACAGUCUGGGGAAAAGGUUGGAGAUGUCGUUCUACCUCCAUGGGCAAAAGGCAGUGCCAGGGAAUUCAUCAGAAGGCAUAGGGAAGCACUUGAAUGUGAUUAUGUUUCUGAAAAUCUACAUCACUGGAUCGACUUGAUAUUUGGGCACAAGCAAAGGGGCAAGGCUGCUGAAGACGCUGCAAAUGUUUUCUAUCAUUACACAUACGAAGGGAGUGUGGACAUAGAUUCUGUUACAGACCCUUCUAUGAAAGCUUCUAUUCUCGCACAAAUCAAUCACUUUGGACAGACUCCUAAACAACUAUUCCAAAAACCCCAUGUGAAGAGGAAGGUUGACAGAAAGCCGCCUCACCCUCUAAAAUACUCUAUCAAUCUUGUUCCUCAUGAUGUACGAAAGACCUCAUCUUCCAUUUCUCAGAUUGUCACCAUUAAUGACAAAAUUCUAGUAGCUGGAGCAAAUCAUGUGCUUAAACCCCAAACAUAUGCAAAGUAUGUAGCUUGGGGUUUUCCUGACCGUAGCCUGAGAUUUAUGAGCUACGAUCAAGAUAAACUCCUAUCAACACAUGAGAAUCUUCAUGGAGGAAGCCAAAUUCAGUGUGUAAGUGUCACCCAUGAUGGUCAGACUGUGGUUACUGGGGCUGAUGAUGGAUUGGUUUCAGUUUGGAGAAUUCAAAAGGACAGCCCUCGCCGAGUACGGCGCUUGCAAUUGGAGAAGGCACUCUGUGCUCACUCAGCCAAGGUGUCAUGCCUUUAUGUGAGCCAACCUUACAUGUUGGUUGUCAGUGGUUCAGAUGAUUUUACUGUUAUUCUGUGGGACCUGAGCUCAUUAGCUUUUGUAAGGCAACUCCCGGAGUUCCCAUCACCUGUCUCAGCAGUUUAUGUCAAUGACUUAACAGGUGAUAUCAUAACUGCAGCUGGGGUUUUGCUUGCUAUCUGGAGCGUCAAUGGUGAUUGCCUUGCAGUGAUCAAUACCUCUCAGCUUCCGUCUGAUUAUAUUUUGUCAGUGGCAAGCUCAAUGUCGUCUGAUUGGCAGGACAUCAACUGGUAUGUAACAGGCCAUCAGAGUGGGGCUGUCAAGGUGUGGAAAAUGGUUCACAAUACCGACAAGGAAAGUGCCCAGAUCAAGCCGACUGCCAAUGGGACAGCUGGCUUGGCUCUUGCAAAAGCACCAGAAUACAGAUUGAUUCUUCACAAGGUACUCAAGUCUCAUAAGCAUCCUGUUACUGCACUUCAUCUGACAACUGAUCUGAAGCAAUUAUUGAGUGGUGACUCUGCUGGACAUCUGCUAUCAUGGACAUUGCCAGGAGAUAGCUUGAAGGGUUCAUCUAGUCACGGUUGAUGAUGAAUUAUAGAUAUUGGUAUACUUGACUGUUUUGCAGCCCUUAGUAAGGUCUUGAGGCUACAAUUGGUUUGCCAAUAGAACCUUGCUAAGGUUUUAAUGGGCCUAUCCGCAAGGUAGGACCGAAGAAGCAUGACAACAGGGCUCUCGUGGGCUGUAAUUGUAAAAGUGCGGUAUUCGCACGAGGUUUUGGUAAUUGAGUGCAUGUCAUUGAGACUGCUGACAUAGUUGGGACAUAAAGUGGAUGUGCUUGAUGCUCAAGGGACAUGGUGGAGGGCGGUCUUCAGGUUUGAGGGAUAUUGUCACUUAUAUACUAAAUGUUGGAUGUAAAUAGAUUAAUUAGGGGCUGUGUGUAAUCAAUUGUAUAGUGUUUUUGUUUCCCUUUCUUCCCUGUUUUUGAGGGUUAGAAGGGACGAAGCGGCGGAUCAGUUAACAUGAUUCGUGAGUUUGAUUAUGGAAAGUUAUAUUUGCCAGCAUCAUUCUCUUUGGAUCUUCAUUUUUUUUUUUUUUUUUUUUUUUCACACUCAAAAUGUCUUUGAGGCUUCUUAGACUUGUAGGUCUUUGUACACUGCUGUAAAACACUGAAUUUACAGAAAUUUCAGCUUCGAAAAUUUAGUAGAAUUUUACAUUA